AAAGUUAAUACAUAAAAAAAUUAUUUUUUAGAAUGGGAUAAGUUAAUAUGAAAUUAACCUUUUAAAAUUAAUAAAAAAAAUUAGUUUUGAAAUCAUAAAAGCUUUUUUUUAGAGUCUCUGACAAUAAAUGAAAAAAAAAAGAGGAAAACAGUUGGUUUCGCACUGUCAAAACCCCAUAAACAAACCCUCCCUUGCUCUGCCACCUAGAAAAUUCUUGAUAUUUUCACAAGGGAAAAGAGGAAAAUAUAGAAUAGAAUAGAGUUGAGAUGGGGAGAGGAAAGAUUGAGAUCAAGAGAAUUGAAAACCCAAGCAACAGGCAUGUGACAUAUUCCAAGAGAAGGACUGGGAUCAUGAAAAAGGCUAGAGAGAUCACUGUUCUUUGUGAUGCUCAAGUUUCCCUCAUCCUCUUUGCUAGUUCUGGAAAGAUGCAUGAGUACUGUUCCCCUUCAACCACCUUGAUUAAUAUUUUGGAAAAAUAUCACAAGGCAUCUGGGAAGAGGUUGUGGGAUGCUAAACAUGAGAACCUCAGCAAUGAAAUUGAUAGAAUCAAGAAGGAAAAUGACAGCAUGCAGAUUGAGCUCAGGCACUUGAAGGGGGAAGAUAUCCAGUCUUUGCAACACAGAGACCUGAUGGCUCUAGAGGAGGCUUUGGAAAUUGGCCUUGCUAGUAUUCGUGCUAAACAGAUGGACCUACUUGACAUGACUAGCAGAAAUUGGAAAAUACUGAAGGAGGAGAACAAGGAACUACAAAUCAUUCUGCAUCGGCAAGAGCUCGCCAUGGAAAAUGCAAGAGACCAGAUAGACAACGGAUACCAGAGAGCUGGAGACUACAACGAACAGGUGCCUUUCGGUUUUUGGGUGCAGCCUAUACAACCAAAUUCACAGAAGAGGAUGUGAUAAAUAUGCACAUGUAUGCCUUUCUCUGGCAAAUGAUCUUUACAUUUACACCACACGUCCUUAGGUUUGUAAUUAAUAAGGCCACGGACCUUAUACAUAUAUUGGGUGGUUAUGCACUUAUGAACUUAAGUUUUGUUAUCAACAUGUUAUAAGGGUUACUUGUGGUUUUACCAUUGAAUCAUAAUAUAUAAUACAAUUUAUC